UGAAGACUAAAGCUGCUUCUCCAAUAGAGCUUCCGGAUCACACUCGUAGGCGAUGUCAUGGCAACGUUGGUUAGGUAAUGCCUAGAAACACGUCAUCGGGUCUAACGGUCGUCUCGCGUCGAACUGCGCAUGUGCAGGCUGUCAAAAUCAAAGGCACUCCUUCGAUUAUAAAGUUGUUUUUUUGACGAAAAUGAAAACGUGUCAGUUUGUCACUCUCACGAGUCUGGAGCAAUACCAAAUUCAACUACUUAAGACAUUGGCUCAAAUUUAGUUUAUGCCUUCAGAUUUCGAGAAAAUUAACAAAUGAAGAGAUAAUUGUUCACUUCUCAAACCAAAGGCCUGGCCUGUUUUGCAAGUGUUCCCGGAUGUCGCACGUCUGGGUUUAGAAACUCUGUGCGUAAAUGUUACAUUCUGGUGCAUACCGCUUUUUACUAGCUAGCUGACGAAGUUUUCAGAAAUAUUUCUCAACAGAUAUAGGAAGUCUUUUUUUUGUCUCGAAUUUCAUUCAAACAUAAUGGAGGCCAAGGGAUUUGCUGUAGUCCACCACCAGUAAAGGUACAGGGUUAGCUAGCCUUUCAGGCUAGGUCAACUAAAUAGCUAGCUAACGCAGCUGCAAACUGCACUGGCUUAACCUAGCUUGCUAGCUAGCGAAAGAACAGGUAACUAGGUAUAUAGCAAAUGUUAGCUGGAUCUCCAAAUACGAUGUAGGCGUUUGCAGCCACUUAGCUAACUUAUAUUUGGCAAAUGAUAAUAGCUAGGUAUCAAGUUAGCUUGCUCACAUCAGUUGUAUGGUCCAUGUAUUCAUUGAUGCAAAAUGGAUGUUGUCGUUAAGCUAGAGGAAGAUGAGAGGGAGCUAUCCCAAACAAUAAUUUGGUCUGAUUCGAUGAAUGCCUGUAUAGAUUACCCAAGUUCUCCAUUGUCGACAAACACAGUAAUAGGUUCCCAUGUGGGUUUACUGAAAGAGCGUACAUAUGUACCUACCAUAAAUCCCCAAACAACAAGUCAAGGGCAGAUUUUACGUAUUUUUCCUGAAAAGACCGGAGCACGUGAUGGGGAGAACAGGGCUGUCAAAAUGGUUUAUUUCUAUAAAGACCAAGAUACCAUCAGCACAUCUGAAAGGCAUUUGAUCAAAGAGGAGUCAUGGUGUGCAACACUAUCCAGUGAUAUUCUGACAGGACAUAUAUCCACCCUCAGGGAUUCUUUUAAAGCUCAAAUCAACCCAACUUCACAGGAGUUUAGCCUAAACCAAAAACAGACCCGGACCAAUAAUGAAUUGCCUGUAGACAAUGUUAAUAUCCCAAGUCAUAGUACUGCCAUUCCUUCUGUACUAACCUCACCUGCAACAGAAAGUGGCUGUCAUUUAGCUGUAUCUACUAGGCUUAUUCUUCCAGAAUAUUGUGAGUCAGUGAACUUCACCUCUGAUGAAGACUACAAUGUCACUUUAAGACAAAGACUACAGUGCAAAAAAAGGGUAGAUAAAUAUAUACAGCAGUGUCGUGGCUGUUACUCAAGACCUAACCUAAGAAAGUUUGGAAAAUGUUGGAAAGAUCCAUACGCCAAGUGCAAGGAAAUAGGAAUAGAUUUCCACGUUGGAUCUGGAGCGACGCAGAAACUUGAUUUGCAUUUAAUGACAAUUGGUGUCAUGAUUGAGGUGUCUGAAUAUGCUAAAGAGAUUAAUAGAGCUCACAAGCAUGUUAUCUUUGAUAUUCUAGAGUACAAUUUUGAUCUUGGUGUAGAAACUGAAAAAAGAUAUCACUUUUCAAACAAGAUAGAAAAGAAAUGCUGAAAAUGUACCCCAAGAGAACACCUGAUUGGUUAACAGAAGUGUUUGAACUUCCUGAUCCAAAGACAAUUUAAGUAUUGGAAUACUCUCUUAAAUGGGCACGGUCUCAUUUGCAUAACAGCGUGUCAGAAAAUCCGACACCUUUUGACAUCUGCAUAAAAGAGGAGCCUGUUGUGGACCUGAUAGCUCCUCUGCAUGUGACGACUGAGAGCUUCUCUACUGAGACAGAUGUAACACGAUGUGCUGAUGAGACCGCAAUCCUUGACCCUGAAAAUGGACCUAAUGAUAUCUGCACGAGGGAUGAGUCGGGGACCAUCACCACUCAGACAGACAUGACAAUGGAUCAAUCCUUCAUGAUGCCCACAGUAGAAGAAGCAUUGAGGGAACUCUACCCAAUCUGUAAGGAAAAAGGACUUGACCUUGAUGUGAAAUCAAAAUUUGGGAAAAUUGAGAAACUUGACUUGCAUCUAUUGACCAGAGACGUAAUGGUUGAAUUGGCUGAUUUUGCCUCAAAAGUGUGUGGAAAUUGGAAGCAGAUGGUCUGUGAUGUUGCUGAGUAUAAUUUUGAUCUGGAUUUACAAAGUGGGAAAACUGAGCAGGCUGAAGAUAUCAUGAAUAGGUUAAGAGCAGUUUUACAACGGAAGGCAGGUUUAAAUGGUCAGUGGAGAUUUGAACUUGAAAAGGAAGCAUUUUUCUUGAAAAAGUCACGCAAACGCAAGAAUCAUACAGAGAUGUCCAGUAACCAGGUAACUACAGCAUCAUUUGUGCCGAAAUAUCAAAUGAAAGAAGUGUCGAAAAGGAGGAGAUUGGAUUUAAUGAGAAAGAAGAAAGAAAUGGACACGUGCGUAACCAGGGAGACGGAGGGAGGCCAUUUUGAAGUCAGACCAGUAGAAUCUCAUUGUGUCAAGAAGCAGAGAAUCUCUGAAGAGACUGACCUUGCACUUUGUACUGAUGAAACAGAGCAAAUUGUUGUUACCAACUUGGACCAAUCAAAUGGGACGUCUAACACCAAAAAAGGGGUCAAAGAGCGCUACUCACUCUGUGAGGAAAUAGGUCUGGACCUUGAUGUUGCAUUCAAACCCUCUAAAAAGAAACUGGAAUUUCAGUUACUGACAAACGGAGUAAUAUUUGAGGUGUAUAAAUAUGCAAAAAGGUCAGCAGAGUCUAAGAAAGCAAAAGGAUGGGGGUAUAUUCUCUAUGAUAUUCUAGAAUACAAUUUUGAUCUUAGUUUGCAAAAUCAGAGACGCAAUCAAUUUCAAUUACGUAUUUCCCAUAAAGUGCGAAGAAUGGUUCAGAAACAUGGGCAAAAACGGGAACGCAAACAAAUUUCCAAAGAAUUGUUCAUAAUACAGAGUGUGAUUGAGAAAAGCAAAAAAAAAAUGUGCUUUCAGAUUAUUUUCCCAAACAAAAUACGGAACAAGAUGCAAGACUGGUAACCUAUAUCCUCAUCAUGGUAAAGACACUUUCGCUAUGGAGACGGUUGAAAAAAAAUCUCCACUGAUGAGGCAGCGCUGCUUGGCCGGGAUAACCACAAAGUGGUUUAUUUCUGUGAAGACCAAGAUACCGUCAGCACAUCUGAAGAACACUUGAUCAAAGAUGGAUCGACACCCAGUAAUAUUCAGCCAGAAAAUGUAUUCAGCCUCUCACAGUCACCACUAGCAACUGCAGAAAGAUAUUCUUUUGAAAGUCAAGUCAACGCAACUUCACAGAUGUAACCAGAAGGUCACUAUAGCUUCACUUGAGCCAAAAUACCAAAGACUGAAAGGAGAAACAGAAAAGAGGAGAUUUAAUGAGGAAGAAGAGAUAAGUUGACAUGUUUAUAGCCAAGAAGACCAAUGAAAUGUAAUUCUAUAAUAAAUGUAAUUCUAUUCUAUAAUUCUAAGUAGAACCUCAUUGUGAUGAGACAGAGAGCAUCUCUCAUGUUUCAUCCCAGUAGAACCUCAUUGUGACGAGACAGAGAGCAUCUCUGAUGUUUCAUCCCAGUAGCACCUCAUUGUGACGAGACAGAGAGCAUCUCUCAUGUUUCAUCCCAGUAGAACCUCAUUGUGACGAGACAGAGAGCAACUCUGAUGUUUCAUCCCAGUAGAACCUCAUUGUGACGAGACAGAGAGCAUCUCUCAUGUUUCAUCCCAGUAGAACCUCAUUGUGACGAGACAGAGAGCAUCUCUCAUGUUUCAUCCCAGGAAAGGAAAAGCAGUUCCUUUACUUCAAGAAAAUUCUGACCAAGAUCUCAGGGGACAAAAAACAACAGAUGCGAGAUGGAAAUCUCAUCUCGGCCAGGAAAAAGAAUGGAAGAAAAAAACAAUGACCUUCUGACCUGGAAAAGGAGUCGGAGGACAGUGAAAAAGACAGUGUUGAAAUCAGAGCAGAAAGCAGAGAGAACAGAGUUUUGCCUAAAGGUAGAAGGGCUGUUGAGCAGGUGUGGUAGAGAGAAACACACUGAAGCAGUGGAGGAGCUGAAGUCUGGACAGGAUGUAGCCUAACUGUGGAAAAAUUACACAAACUAGCUGAUGCACACAUUACAAAUGACAACAGUUGCAACAAGCUUACUCUGCAUCAAUUGGUCUAUUUGUGCUGCUUGGCCUCCUCGUCUCAGCUGUAGGGUGGAUAGCUCUCUCAAUGCUACAGUGAUCCAAAGGAAUGUGAACGGUUCCUAAUGGAAGACUCAUUUCCUGUCUCCCUGAAGUCAAUAGACUCACAUUCUAUUACUCACUGAGUCAACAAGCCUACCGGAGAUUCAACUCCUUCAUUGUAUUCAUUAGGUAUACUGUAGCAAAAUGUGAAAAUGGUGGACCAAUUAGUAGCCUAGUCUUUUUAGUAUUCAGGGAAAUAAUUGGAAACAUAUAUAUUGUUUGAUUGAUUUGGAUUAAGGGUUUAGUCUUUGAUUUGGAUUAAGGGUUUAGUCUUUGAUUUGGAUUAAGGGUUUAGUCUUUGAUUUGGAUUAAGGGUUUAGUCUUUGAUUUGGAUUAAGGGUUUAGUCUUUGAUUUGGAUUAAGGGUUUUGUCUUUGAUUUGGAUUAAGGGUUUAGUCUUGGAUUUGGAUUAAGGGUUUAGUCUUUGAUUUGGAUUAAGGGUUUAGUCUUUGAUUUGGAUUAGUGGAUUGUGUGGAUUCCCUUGGCCUCCUGUUGGUUAUCUGUUGAUGUCUGGUCUUGCUGUAAAGAGACUGAAUACAGUAUGAUUAUUGCUAGACUUCAUUUGUCUUCACCGUUGAACGUCGUAUCAAAUGACAAGUCAAACUCCACUACUUUUUACAAGCCUCUAUAGAAGAACCUCUGAUCAUUUUUUGUUCGAUAUAAGAAAGCAAACAAGGAUAUAUAUAUUUUUUUUAAUUAAGACUUUUGCAUUGGUGAAAGAACCUACUAUGAUGGAGCAUGUUUUUCUUUUAGAAAAUAUAUUUGGAACUUUUUCGGUGGGGGGUUUCUAGCGAGAUUAAGAAGACCGUACAUCAAGACUUGGUUUACUGCAACCAAUACUUCCUGUUUUGAACAUGAAGUUAUUCUACCAUCAACUGUGAACUGGAAGUGUUUUGUUUGUUUUGAAGAGGACACUUCCGCUAACAUUCUUAGCUGUUUCUCCUCGGAUUAAAAGGUUAUGGGAUGUGUGUUUCCAGUCCUUAAAGCAGCGCGGUCUUAUCCCUUCUCUACUGUUUCAACUCUUCACAAAUGAAAACAUCUCAUCGCCAAAGUGGUAAAGAAGGAGGUCAUCUACAGUAUGACAGGAGCUGUGGCUUGUUCCUUCCAGAAGACUUGAGGAUGCAACUUCUCAGUCGUGAUGACGAGGUGGCCUCUCUGCUGGUGACGACGAGGUGGCCUCUCUGCCGGUGAUGACGAGGUGGCCUCUCUGCUGGUGAUGACGAGGUGGCCUCUCUGCUGGUGAUGACGAGGUGGCCUCUCUGCCGGUGAUGACGAGGUGGCCUCUCUGCCGGUGACGACGAGGUGGCCUCUGCCGGUGACGACGAGGUGGCCUCUCUGCCGGUGACGACGAGGUGGCCUCUGCCGGUGAUGACGAGGUGGCCUUUGCUGAUCCUCUAUUUCCAUACAAGAGGGACAAGAAGUCUGACUCCAUCCUCAACCUGUGGACCGGCUCUGAGGAUGUUGGACACCUUCAGCCACACUGAUUUCCUGUCAGACCGGUUGUCUUUGAACUCCAUGCCAUGUGACUGACUAACCUGAACAUUUACUGCCACAGGAAUACAAUGUUCAUCAGACUCCCCACACGGUGGACAGACUACUCUCUGUCUGGUUGUGAGGUCACAGGAAAUAGACUGAUCUGUUCAUGAGGGACUGUAAGUUGUUGUAACAGAAUAAUACAGGCCAGCUCGUCUUCGUGUCUCUUCUGUUCGGCCUUCUGACACGUUGGUCUCUGUUAGUCUUUGUUCGGUGCUUCAGUUGUCAUCAUGGUGGAGGCAGAAUUCUAACCCUGAUAGAUUAUAGUUGUAAAGUCUUCAGGAUGUAGCCAGUACAUUGAUGUCCACUCUGUAGAUGACAUAAAAGUCCUGGGAGAGGGGACUGCGCUUUCAGGAGAAGAAUAACAGGACCUUGUCCAGAGACAACCCCCAGCCCUUAACCUCCAAGGCACUUGUGUACAGGGAGUUUAAUACAUUAUUUGAUACAAUCAGGGAAUUUGACAUACAGUAUGGAUUACGUUCUGAAUAUUCAAUGAUCAUUAAAUGUAUUUUUGUAAUUUUUUUUCCACAGUAAGUGUUUGGCAGUUGUCAUGGAAACGUUGUGACAUUUUUAACGUGUCUUAUUAAGAGUGGAAACUAUGGCAACUUUACCCUCUGAUAGGCUAGAUCGAAUCAUUUCAGAUCAUUGAACAUUUCGUCUUUCAGAGGGUCAGUUUACCUGAUUAUACCACAGUCUUUGAGUUUUACAUUAAUUCUAGUCUUAUCAACAACAAAACACCACAUCCGGCAUGGGCGCCAGAUUUGUUUUGGGGAAAACGUUUUAAAUUUAUAAAACAUCCUGUAAAUCUA